CAAGGCACUGUAGAUACUGUGGUCCCCAACAAGGUAACCCCCACACCUUGACCAAACUGCAGGAGGAGAUAGAUACUGUGUUCCCCAACAAGGUAACCCCCACACCAUGACCAAAUUGCAGGAGGAGGUAGAUACUGUGUUCCCCAACAAGGUAACCCCCACACCAUGACCAAACUGCAGGAGGAGAUAGAUACUGUGUUCCCCAACAAGGUAACCCCCCACACCAUGACCAAACUGCAGGAGGAGAUAGAUACUGUGUUCCCCAACAAGGUAACCCCCACACCAUGACCAAACUGCAGGAGGAGAUAGAUACUGUGUUCCCCAACAAGGCUCCAAUCCAGUACGAAGCUCUGAUGCAGAUGGACUAUUUGGACUGUGUGUUGAACGAGUCUCUGAGACUGUACCCCGUCAUGCUGCGACUGGAGAGGGUCGCCAAGAAGACAGUGGAGAUCAACGGCAUCGUCAUCCCCAAAGACUGCAUUGUCCUGGUUCCCACGUGGACCCUCCACCGUGACCCAGAGAUCUGGUCCGACCCUGAGGAGUUCAAACCAGAGAGGUUCAGUAAGGAGAACAAGGAGUCUAUUGAUCCAUACACGUACAUGCCAUUUGGGGCGGGGCCCAGGAACUGUAUCGGGAUGCGUUUCGCCCUGAUCAUGAUCAAACUGGCCAUGGUCGAGAUCCUCCAGAGUUUCACUUUCUCCGUCUGCGACGAGACCGAGGUGAGACGCUCACCAGAGCAGACAGAAUAUGACAUCAUCAAACAUCAGUAUCAUUUAUAGAUAGAGGCUGCACAU